AUGAUUUCAAGCAUCAGCAAACCUCCUAAAAGAGCAAUUCCUACAAUGUCCAAAAUAAAAAAGGUCCUGGUACAUCUACUGAAUGAAGCAGACGGUGCCACAGCAGAAGACCAUAACCACAGCGACUGUCAUGGUCACCAUCACCAUCACCAACAAAUUAAGGAUCAACUUGAUGAUUUAGAACCUUCGAGCCAUUUUCGACUGCUUCAUCAAUUACUUUGCGUUCGACAACCCCAACCCCGCCUGCCAGAGGACAUUCUUCAUGAGAUAGAGUCUCUUCUGCAACAACAAAAAUCACACAGAGUUCUAACACUGGCAACAUCAAUCCGGCCCACACAUACCGUCAAACGAGCAAACUCACCGGGUGUCGCAACAAGGGUUUCGCUUUGGCAGGGCGACAUCACAACGCUAUCAGACAUCACGGCUAUCACCAAUGCCGCUAACGGCCAGGGGCUAGGCUGCUUUCAGCCCUCACACCGUUGCAUAGACAACGUGAUUCACUCGUGGGCAGGCCCACGGCUACGGGAUGAAUGCCGCAAGAUCAUGGUGUCAAGGGGUCGAGAAAUCGAACCGGGUGAGGCAAUCGUUACCGCAGGAUUCUGUCUGCCCGCACAGCAUGUCGUGCAUACGGUUGGGCCGCAACUGGAACACGGCUCGCCGCCAACCGAAAAGCAGACCGCGCAGCUCGCUCAAUGCUAUCGCUCUGUGCUCGACGCCGUAGAAUCUCUGCCCCCUACGUCGGAUGGCAGGAAGACCGUGGCGUUCUGCGGGAUCUCAACUGGGCUGUUCGCGUUUCCGGCGCGAGAUGCGGCAGCUGUCGCAGUGGCUACCGUUGCUGAUUGGCUUGGACAUCACAGGGGAACGUCCAUCACCGACAUAAUAUUCAACACAUUUACAGACGCAGACCAUGUCAUUUACAGAGAAACCCUGGCCGCCAAUCUCCCGCACCUAGCCAGGAUUGCUGAGCCGGUGACUCCGCCAGACGCGAAUCAUUUGCACUUGGGAUCGCCGCCACCGUCGGCACCAAUAAUCCAGUGUGAUUCGCUGGGUCUUGCAAAGGAAUGGUUAAGGUCGGCGGAUGCUGUCAUUGUAAGUGCUGGCGCGGGGCUUUCAGCCUCCGAUGGUUUAGAUUAUACUUCGCCGGCGCUGUUUGCCAAACACUUUCCCGGUUUCCUCAAAUAUGGGCUGCGAACUUUGUACAGUGUGUUUGGCUUCAAUGGUUGGCCAAACGAACAGGUGCGUUGGGGUUAUUUCUUCACGCAUCUCGGCGUAGUCAGCUCGUGGCCAAAAUCGCCAAUGUACCAAACACUCAUAUCAUGGCUUGAGAGGUUUGGGCCAAAUGCCCACGUUAGAACCUCGAACGCCGAUGGCCUAUUUGUCGCCAACGGCUUGUCUCCUCGGAAACUAUCAACGCCUCAGGGAUCGUAUUCUGUCUUUCAAUGCUUGGCGAAUUGCAGACCAGACGCUACAGUGCUCUCUGCGCCACUUGUCGACCAGGCUCAAUCAUCGCUGGACCCGGUCUCUCAAAUCGUGACAGACCCGGGCAAGGUACCUCUUUGCAGGUUUUGCGGUGGAAAGAUGAACAUAUGUGUAAGGGCGGGGCGUUGGUUCAACGAAAGGCCCUUCCAGGAAGGGGAGUCACGAUGGAACCAGUUCCAAAAGGAUGUCGUCAAUCGUGGAAACAAGGAAACGGUUAUUUUAGAGCUUGGCGUUGGCAUGUCAACCCCGGGCGUCUUGAGGUGGCCGAACGAGGAUAUCGUAGUGAGAAGCGGGGGAAGAGUCAAGCUUGUGAGGGUGGGCAAGGGUCCUGAGACGGCCGUGCCGUGGGAUCUGGAGGAUGCCGGGCUGGCAACGAGCAUCGACGGUGACAUCUCAACGGUGAUUAGUGAGCUCCUCACAGAGAGAGAGAGUUAG